UUUAAAACGGGUAAGAUUUGAAAUUGACGUUCAUUUAGCUACUUAAUUUAUUCCAAAUUAUAUGGAAACAAGCUGCCAACAAGCUAAAUAAACGUAGAGGACGAAAUAUAUCACAAAGGCUUUCAACAUGAUGUUCUACACUCAGCUCUUCACAUCCAAGCGCGGACCUCUAGCCAAAAUCUGGUUAGCAGCUCAUUGGGAGCGGAAAAUCACCAAAGCUCACGUGUUUGAAUGCAAUUUGGAGAGCACCAUUCAAGACAUCAUGUCUCCACAGAUCAAGAUUGGAUUACGGACUUCUGGUCACCUUCUCCUGGGAAUAGUGAGAAUAUACUUCAGAAAAGCCAAAUAUCUCCUUGCUGAUUGCAAUGAUGCUGUUGUCAAAAUCAAGGUGGCCUUCAGACCAGGACAGACAGACAUGCCUGUUGAGGGACUGGAGGCAACACAUAAAGCCAUCACGCUGAUAGAGGAUUUCACAGAUUUUGAUUCCCAGCUACCGGAUGCAGAUUCCAUAGGAGUUGUGGAUCACUUUUCACUGAAUCAGUGCCGAACAGAGGACAUCACCCUCAAAGAGGAUUUUGGAAAUAGCUUUCUCACAUUAGAGGAUUUUGGUGAUGAAACCCAGUCUCACCAAGGGGGCAUAUUAGAUAUAAGUUUCCAAAGCCUGGCCCAGAAAGGAGAUGCGUUUGGUGACGAGGAAGCAGACUACAACAUUCUAGACUUCAUGGCCACUUCCAGUGAGCAUGAUGUUUGGACUGACUUCAUCCCAGCGGAACCACUUGUUUUGCCGGUAACUGCUCCUAUGGAUGUUAAUCAAGAAGGUCGUCCAGAAACCCCAGCUACAUCUGUAGCCAUGAAGGAUGACUCCCCAGUUUUGAAUGAGACAACUCUGUUGAUUAACGAGGACGAGUUCUUUGCUCUGGACCCUGUCGCUGUCACACCUUCCUCAGAGCAGAGAAAGAGGAGGAGGAGGAGACUGGUGGUGGACCAGGCCAAGGAGCUGUCCAGUCAGACUAUCAGGAUGCAGCUCACGGAUUGCUCCGAUGUCACCACCCAGCUGGACAUCGCCCCGCCUACCCGCCAACUUAUGCAAUGGAAAGAAAGUGGAGGGGUGGACAGUCUCUUCAGUCACCCCUGUUCCACUGUUAUACAUCCACACCUUCAACGGCUCUAUUUCAGGAAUGUGUUCCGGAGGAAAACGGAUCAUGUGGGCUACGAAGACGAGCGUGAAGAGAUGCGGGACCAGAGGCGUGGUGUGGAAACCGAUGUGAGCGCCCUGCCCAGUGAGCCCAGUGUCCUGGAUGAGACCGGGGAUCCGCAGAGAAUGGGACACAACGUGGGCUUCAGCCCCCUAGACCACAAUGACAUCCCAUCUGACAACGUCUGGGACACUGUCAAUGAUGUGAGCAGGUUUGAGGUCUCUCACCCUGGGCUUCCUUCUGAAGAUUCCAUUCAGGACAGAGAAACCCCAUCGACAGUGGCACGAAACACACAGUCCAUGGUGGACAGCCAAGAUGACUUUGAGGAGAGAAGGAUGACUAGCCGAGCACAGAAGUUACUGAACGCUUUUCAAGUUCAGAGGAGCAGUGGCGGCAGUACCAAAUUCAGCCUGCAGACACUAUGUGAGAGGAACAGUCGUUCCCAAGCUGCGGCCACCUUCUUCUGCUUCCUGGUGCUCAAAAAGCAGCAGGCCCUGGAACUUCACCAGAGCGAGCCUUACGCUGACAUUAUAGCCACACCUGGAUCUAAGUUCUGUAAGAUGUAGAGCAGUGAUUUUCACACCUCUUCUGGGGACCUCCAGAAUGUCUCACAAUUGUGUUUUGGAACUAGCUCAGUCAUGGCAGUUAUACUAGGUUAUUGAGCUGAUUCAGGUGUGCUAGGUCUGGAAUAUCUAGGGGUCCCCAGGAGAGGUUUGAGAUGUACUGGUGUAGAGGAAGACAUGUAGUGGAUGAAGGGAGGAGGAAGAGGUUGUAAUGAGAAGAUGUAUUUCUUAAUAGACUCACAAUUACUUCUGCCUCUUCUAUAGACUCAUUGCUAUCUAUCAACAAUUGUACAAAUGUUCUGGUGGUCUUGACACCUUCAUCACAUGUGAAUCAUAAGAGGUUAGCAUGGGAGGAGCAUAAACACUAUUUCAAAGAAAUGUUUUACACUAUUUAGCACCACUGCUGAGUUAGCUGUGAAUAUUUUAUUAUUUUGUUCAGGAGCACGUUUAAAUAAUAUUUAUUGUUAUUGUUCAUUACGAUGACAGAUGAUAGUUUAGGGGCAAAUUUGCUACUCUGUUUUUAUUGUUGUACAUUUGUACAUAUAAGCAGCAAAUGUUUAUAAA